UGGUCUCAUGUCCUCCUCUGUUGUUGAGAAUGGCGUUCUGAUUGAAGGCCAUCCCCCCUAUACGUACAAGUCUUUUGUGACAUAUAAGUGCAACGCUGGAUAUGAGAUGGAUGGACAAGCCAGUCUGACCUGUGAAAUAGAAGGCUGGUCAGCUCCUUUCCCUACAUGCAAGGUAAGACUGAUUUCAGUGUUUGUUAUUUAACACACUUUGGCCUAUAUUUUAGCUCAGAUAUUUGUGCAUCAUUUGGUGUGUAGGAACAGAGGACCAAUGUGUCAGCAAACUGUAUUUUUUAAUGGAAUUGACCUGAACUCGUAUAAACACAUUGAGGCCUUUUUGUAAGAAAAUAUGGUGUUGUGUGUGUUAAUGUUCAUGCUAAUUGUUAUUUUUCACCAUAUACAUGCCUGUGCAUAGCCAACCUCAAGUAUUUAUUUUCCUUUUUACAUGUUAUGAGUGAUUGACUAGCUGUCUGGUCCAACACCAUUCUACUCACUCAGACCACACUGGCUGACUAAAGCAUUUGAGGGAUCACAACAGUAAAGUGUUGUGACAGACCGACAAGCAAGAUAGUUAGUGGCCUAAUUAUAUGUAAUGUCUUAUAGCCCUUCUGACUACAACAAAGCCCCCCACUACCACAACUACUGCAGCUACUACAAGAGAACCAUAGUCCACGUUAAGAGCAUUUUGAUACUGCUUGGCACAAUCCUAAUCUAAUGUUAUAUAUAUAUAAAUAAAUAAAUAAAUAUCACACCACACACACACACAACACAGUUGAAGUCGGAAGUUUACAUACACCUUAGCCAAAUACAUUUGAACUCAGUUUUUCACAAUUCCUGACAUUUAAUCCUAGUAAAAUUCCCUGUUUAGGUCCGUUAGGAUCACAUCACCACUUUAUUUUAAGAAUGUGAAAUGUCAGAAAUAUAGUAGAGAAUUCUUUAUUUCAGCUUUUAUUUCUUUCAUCACAUUCCCAGUGGGUCAGAAGUUUACAUGCACUCAAUUAGUAUUUGGUAGCAUUGCCUUUAAAUUGUUUAACUUGGGUCAAACGUUUCGGGUAGCCUUCCACAAGCUUCCCACAAUAAGUUGGGUGAUUUUGGCCCAUUCCUCCUGACAGAGCUGGUGUAACUGAGUCAGGUUUGUAGGCCUCCUUGCUCGUACACGCCUUUUUCAGUUCUGCACACAAAUCUUCUAUACGAUUUGAGGUCAGGGCUUUGUGAUGGCCACUCCAAUACCUUGACUUUGUUGUCCUUAAGCCAUUUUGCCACAACUUGGAAGCUUUAACUUCCUGACUGAUGUCUUGAGAUUGUUGCUUCAAUAUAUCACAUACUUUUCCUUCCUCAUGCCAUCUAUUUUGUGAAGUGCACCAGUCCUCCUGCAGCAAGCACCCCCACAACAUGAUGCUGCCACCCCCGUGCCUCACGGUUGGGAUAGUGUUCUUCCGCUUACAAGCUCCCGCCUUUUUCUCCAAACAAACGAUGGUCAUUAUGGCCAAACAGUUCUAUUUUUGUUUCAUCAGACCAAAGACAUUUCUCCAAAAAGUAAGAUCUUGUUCCCAUGUGCAGUUGCAAACCGUAUAGUCAGUUUUUUUUUUUUGCGGUUUUGGAGCAGUGACUUCUUCUUGCUGAGCGGCCUUUCAGGUUAUGUUGAUAUAGGACUGUUUUACUGUGGAUAUAUAUACUUUUGUACUGUUUCCUCCAGCAUCUUUGCAAGGUCCUUUGCUGUUGUCUGGGAUCGAUUUGCACUUUUCGCACAAGUACGUUCAUCUCUAGGAGACAGGGGCCGCGUUCAUUCCUGAGCGGUUAUGAUGGGUGUGUGGUCACAUGGUGUUUAUACUUGCUACUAUUGCUUGUGGCAGAAGAUGAACGGUGGUACCUUCAUGUGUUUGUAAAUUGCUCCCAGGAUUUGAAGCGACUUGUGGAGGUCUACAUUUUUUUUCAGAUGGUCUUGGCUGAGUUCUUUGAUUUUCCCAUGCUGUAAGCAAAGAGUCACUGCGUUUGAGGUAGCCUUGAAUACAUCACAGGUACACCUUCCAAUUGACUCAAAUUAUUGUCCCAUUAGCCUAUCAGAAGCUUCUCUACAGCAUGGACAUCAUGUUCGGGAAGUUUCCAAGCUGUAAAGGCACAGUCAACUUAGUAUAUGUAAACUUCUGACCACUGGAAGUGUGUACAGUGAAAUUAUAAGUGAAAUAAUCUGUCUGUAAACAAGGGUGGAAAGAAAAUUACUUGGUCAUGCACCACAAACAAAGUAGUUGUCCUAACCACUUGCCAAAACUAUAGUUGAACAGACCAUUUGUGGAGAGUUGAAAAACACAAGUUUUUAUGACUCAACCUAAGUGUAUGUAAACUAUUACGACUUCAAGUUGUGUCUAACUCAGUCAGUGUAUUAGGUACACCACACCGUUCACGAAAACGGAUGAUCAUACAGGACAGUGAGUCACGUGGGCCAUGGCUUGCUAUAUUAAUAGAUAUCGAGGCAUUCAGUUUGAAUGUUUUAUUGACACAUAGAAGGGAUAAACGGUUGACUAUGUGACUGAGCGUUGUAUGAUCCAUCAGCCAGGCACGCCGGAUCCAGUAUCUAAGAAAACAGGCAGGCUGGGCUUUUCACAACACUGGGCUUUUCACCGCAGACAGUGUUCUUAGGGUUACCGUUAAUGGUCGGGAAAAGACAAAAAAAACAUUCAGUUCAGCGGCCAGUCCUGUGGCGAAAAACGAUUGUUGAUGAGGGAGGUUCGAAGGAGGAAUUGGCAAGAUAGUUUGAACAGCUAACAUGCAGGGCCAUAAACGGCAACUAAUGAAACAGUACAACAGUGGGUGGCAGAACGAACGGCAUCUCGGAAGCACAACUCGUCGCUCUGGUCAGGGAUGGGAUAUUGCCAUAAGGAAGACCACACAGGUCAGUGUUUCACUGCUAUCAGCUUAAAAAACAAGAAGAGGAGGGCUAAAGUGGGCACGUGAUCACCAACACUGGACAAUUGAGGAGUGGAAAAAUUGCCUGGAACAUGACGAGUUCAGUUUACUUGAUGCGAUGGAGCAUUCCCCAAACCUCAACCCAAUAGAGCAUCCUUGGGUGAAAAGGAACGGGUGUCGCAGCAUGAAGACCGCCGUCCAAUCUGCAGCAACUUGCGAGAUGCCAUAGGUCGUCAUGGAACAACAUCCCUGUGAAAUGUUUCCGACACCUUGUUGAAUGCCCCGAAGGAUUCAGGCUGUUCUGGAGGCAAGGGGGGUCUGACCUGGGGUAUAGGAUGGGAUCCCUUAUUGAUGUCACUGUAAAUCACUUCAAUCCAGUUGUAGAUGAAGGGGCGGAGACCGCUAUUUUAAAGAAGGAAUUUGUUAAGCCCUUGAGACCAUAGAUUGUGUAAGUGUGCAAUUCAGAUGGGAAGUGGCAAGACACAUUAAUUAAGUGCCUUCGAUGGGGUAUGGUAGUAGGGCCAGGGACGCUACUGCGUUUUCACGCCAAACAGUUUCCCAUGUGAUCAAGAAAUGGUCACCAGCCAACGGACACAACUGUGGGAAGAAGCAUGGAGUCAACAUGGACCAAACACCCUGUGUGGACGCUUUCGAAGCUUGAGAAUCAUGCUGCGGGCAAAAGGGGGUGUGAACUCAAUGUUUUGUUGUACACUCGGUGUACUGUACAUAGCCUAGCAAUGGCUUUGCUUUCUGAACCCCUCAUGUUCUUCUCCAUAAGCAUUACCUACAUACAGGAAAAUCAGACGAGUGACUUUGUACAGCUGAAUGACCUGAAUUCAAGAUGUAGUGUUGAUAGAGAGAAAAUAUAUUAUGCUAACCUUUGGACCUAACACCUUUAACUCAUUGUAUUGCCCUAACCUUUGAUCCUUUGUAGGUAAGACAAUAACCCGUGGUGUCUGGGGGGUUUCUGAGGCUUUGGAAGGACCUCAACACCAAGUUACAUGUCAUAGUCGUGGUGAGUUGCAGACUCAUCAUUGUUCUGUGAAGUACUACUCAGCCUUAAUAUGCUCACUACAUUCCCCUAGUAAGUUGUGUACAAAGUGAUUUGCUUGUCUACAACUUUCAUUGGCACUGAAUUUAUACAUUCAAAUGAACUGAUUGGCAUCCAGUGGAGUUUAUGGAUGGCUUUUCUCCAUCAGACUCUCUCACCUGUAAACAAAGGAUGGAUUGUGAUCUGAAUAUGUAACCAAAGUUUACAUGUCAAGUGUCAUGGAGGAAAAACACCCAUAUAAAAAAAUGCAUGAAGUAGUAAUCAUCCUCUGUCCUCACAAAAACGGUGACCCUAUCUUGAGGUUAUGUGAGCUCUUGCCUACCUCUAACCGGAAAUAAACUAUUAUUGGAUGUGUUGAAAUAACACUAGGUUUGAUUCACCCAGUGUGCCAUGCCACGAACUAGAUCUGCGAAAGGAUAAACGUAAUUCUCUACCACCCAACCCAUACCGAUCAAUUAGCGCAGGGAUUUUGCUGAUUAGUUUCAUUGACGAAAAGUAGUCUUUACUAGAGAAAUGUGAAGUUUGGAAAAUGACAUUUUGGCUAAUAUGGGUUGGAUUUGUUAAUCGGACAAUUGAUGGCUUCACCAUUCAAACUAGUAGUUUAAAGAUUGAGGAUUAAUAAAAAAUAUUGUUGUAAAAACAGACACAUUGUUAGUAACUAUUGUUCUAUUGAUCGUUAUCACAUAAAUUCAGGGAAAUGCAUCGCAAUAUGGGAAUUUUUUUUCCAUAUCGCCCGAAGCACUACCACCACACCACCUCAUUCUUCACACCUUCUUUGAUUUGUUUAUCUAACGUCAGUCCUGGGUGUGUGUUAACAAAUAUCACUUCGUUAUGUAGAAGAGUCCUGGUCCCCACUGAUUCCAAACCCCGAAGCCCCCCACGUAAGCUAUGCCCAGUUGCUAUCUAUUGGUGUUGUAUAUGAGUAAGGAUGCGGCAUAGUGGCAAUUUUUCAGAUUCAAAUCAUAUCAUAUUUUUUCGGAUAUCCGGAUAGUCGAAAUACCAUGUUUAAAGAAUGUUAUUUUUGUUUACGUCAAUGGAGACUUGCGUAGCGUGACUCGAGAGGAACCAGGUGUGCUGCGAUCUGACAGUCAGUGUGGCACAGAGGGAGAGAGCGCAAAGUAGCCAAACCGAUCGCGAUAGUUAGAAACUUAAAUGUGCAAAAAGUUUGUGUAUCAUGGAUUUCUUAUAUUGCCUUGAAUGCAUCCAAAAUUGUUUCGCUAGCUCGCUACAGUAGCAAGCUAGCCUCACCUGAGACACAAACAUCGAUCCCCUUGUUGUAACAAUUUUCCCAAAGCAUCUCAAUUGCGGUCAGCCCUUGGAUUAUUUGUGCCACCUGGGCUACAAUGAUGAACCCCCUCUCUGAUUGUCCGAGUGUGACCCCCUCCCCAUGGGUUACUGCAGCCAGUGUUGCCAGCACUGCCACUACCUGGGUGGGCGUACCCCACCGGAAUCCCCACCGGCUAGGUAAAAGGUCGUCAGGUUCUCAUUAGCAGCUUUGAGAAUUUCCUUGUAUAUUAUGCUCUCCCAUCAGGGGGGCUCUGGCUUUGUAGGACCAACCUUGCCAGGCAGGCUCAGAAUCUUGAGGGGGCGGUGCUGCUCAAGUAGGUCUCUGACCGUAUUUAUUUCUCUGUUUAGGCUGCUAUUUCACAGCAGGUCCAUAAAAGAGAUGGGAACUUCUCUUUGGUAUAUGGGUCGCUCAGGUGGGUGUCCAGGUUAUAGGGUUAGGGAUCUUUCCAUCAUGAUAGGGACAAUGAAAAAUUAGAUUAGAUGUAUACUAUAUUUAAAAAAUGUAUAUCCCUCAUCUACACAAUUGAAAGCUCUCUCUCUGUACCCCUGCUCAUAGACCCCCGGUCGGCUCUGGGAUAUGCAACCAUUUCCCCUCUCACUCACUUAAUGCCGCACCUUUUCAAACACAAAAAUGCACACCACAUGGUUGACUGGGGAAGAAAUGGGCCGAGCGUGCAAACGCACCCGCAUCCACAUCUGCCGCAAGGGGAAAGGACGCCAGAGAGAACACAGGACCAACCACAAACAACCAUCCGCCAAAACAACAACCUCCCGCCAAAAAAGCCCAUGUUUCUAAUUAUUUGUAUUUAAAUAUGUAUUAUUCUGCUUGUUAUAUCGUUUUAUCCUUUUAUAAAAUACUAUACUUACUAUAAAUGUUAUUUAAUAUUACAAUCCCUAUCAUUGCUAGUAUCAGGUGCUCCAAUAUUUGACUCCUCUAUUACAACUUUUAGAAUAGCCAUGGAGUAGUCUUUGUGUCUCUGAACAUUUGUUUGUCAAUAUAUAAUUUAUCCACCACUAGUGCAACACGUUUCCCUUUUAAUCUGUUUUCCUUGAAGAUUGGGUACAGAACUUUGCGCCUUUCUUACAAUCUCCCUCGGGAACUGAUCAUUCAUGCCUAUUUUUCGUGCCAGCAAGUCUUUUUCCCAGGCUUUUCACCAUAGCUUUAUCCUUAAAAAAAGCAAAUUUGGCAACGAUUGGGCGCUCAUAUUUCUGUCCUCUUUUUCCGAAAACGAUGUACACGUUCGAGUUGGAUUUUAUCGACAGCCUCGAGUGGGAUUUGUAGCGCUGUAUGCAGGAAGUCCUUCAUAAUAUUCUCUGUUAUUUCUCCCUCCUUUUCCUGAAUACCCGUAAGUACUAGAUUUUCCCUCAUUGAUCUAGUUUGGAUGUCUAGUAAGGCUUCUCUCAGAAGAUUGUUCUCCUUUUUUAGUUCCCUAACGUUCGUUUCCAUUUUAGAGACUGUCACUUUUAAUUCUUUGGUUUCUUUCUCCAUUACCAAGCUUUUUCGUCACUCAUUUGAAGACUCGCUUUCAACUCUUUUACGUCUUUACUGACCAAUUCUAAUAUGCCCAAUUUGUCAUUUAUCGACUUCAACAGGUCGCUUUCCACACUUACCAUACCCAGUGGUGAAAACAUAUAUCAUCCCGUAUCAGUCGAUGAGUCGCGUUUCCUUUUGGGGAUCGGCUCUCCACGCUUGUCUUCAGUCAUGUUUGGGUGUUGCGUGUUGAUGUAAUAUUUGUCGAUAUAUUUCUCUAGCCUUAUGAUCUGUUUUGUGUUAUUAUCCAGAUUGAAUUAUAUUAACUGCGAAUAUAUGAAAUGCUAAUAUUUAGUCUAACUUACUGAUUUGAAUAUUAUGUUUUUAUCUUGAGGUGUUUCGUACCGAUUUUCUAUUCAAUACGCCAUCUUGUCUACGCGUGCCCCGCGUACCUUGAACAGACAAUCUUACAACGCACUAAAUUUUCCUUAUCUGAAGGAGCAUGUCAAGUGAAAAUAACAAUAACUUUAACAGUUCUGUGCUUGUGCCUAAUCAAAACUCUUCAUAAACUGAUCAUAACUGCGGUUGUGCUCUAAUCUGCAGUGGUGAAGUGUGGAAAGCCCCCCACCAUUGUCAACGGUGGGCCUGUUGUCCCACCUGAAGAGACGUAUAACUAUGGAAGUGUAGUGCAAUAUGGCUGUGAGAAGGAUUACACUCUGGUUGGAACUAAAUCCAUAAUCUGCUCGGAGAAUGGAGAAUUCCAGCCAGCUCCACCUGAGUGUAAAAGUACGUUGAAAGCUUGCCUUUUUUCCCAUUCUAAGUAUGGUUGUUAACAAAAUAUAGAACUGCUCACAUGAACUGCUUACAACAGGGGUGUCAAAGUCAUUCCAUGGAGGGCCUAGUGUCUGAUGGUUUUUGGUUUUUCCUUUCAAUUAAGACCUAGACAACCAGGUGAGAGGAGUUCCUUACUAAUUAGUGAUCUUAAUUCAUCAAUCAAGUACAACGGAGGAGUGAAAAACCCGCAGACAUUCGGCCCUCCAUGGAAUGAGUUUGAAACAUGUGGCUUACACUGAUCAAAUCUAUAUGGGCUCCACUUUUUUUCCUCCACCACACAAUCGUGAGCAUGUUCCAGAUGACCUCCUCUGAAAGAAAUGUGUAAAUAUCACAGUAUCUAGCCUAAUAAAAUGGAACAUAAGCACAGAUGUGCAUGAAACAGGCUAAGCAAGCAGUCUAAAAACAUGUAUAAUAUGUAGGCCUAUUCUGAAAACCAUGAUGCAACAUUAAGCUCAGAGGAAGUGGUUUACAAUAGAAUCUACCCUAUUUAUUUGUUAGAAAAUGAUUAGUUGCAGGAUUCAUAAAUGGGUGACUAUAACAACAUUGUUUAUUGCUUCAAGUAGUCUAAAACCAAUAAAUAAUAUACUUGGGUCUCAUUGUUCACCUCAAAACAGUAGCUAAUGACAUCUCUCUUUGUUUACGUCUGCAGUGGUCUCAUGUCCUCCUCCUGUUGUUGAGAAUGGCGUUCUGAUUGAAGGCCAUCCCCCCUAUACGUACAAGUCUUUUGUGACAUAUAAGUGCAACGCUGGAUAUGAGAUGGAUGGACAAGCCAGUCUGACCUGUGAAAUAGAAGGCUGGUCAGCUCCUUUCCCUACAUGC